AUUGUUUAGUUUAGACCAACAGGGGAUGACUUGCUUCUUUGCAAACGUUGACGUACCAAUCUGAACUCACGCGAGGACUGCGAUUUCAUUGCCAGUGUGCGACAGAGACAGCAAAGAUGGCGUCGCAGGAGACCGAAGCUUCUCCGCAAACCAACGGCGAGGUGAGCAGCAAUGGAGCUGUUGCAGCCGUGGAUGGCCAGGCUGUACAGACUGCUACUGGGGACCCUGCACCGCAACAGCCGGCUCCACCACCCAAUGCAUGGUCGGUCAUAAAAGGAGUCCUCUUCAGGAUCUUCGUCAUCUGGGCCAUCAGCAGCUGGUUCCGCAGGUCCUCUACACCAGACCCAAGUACCCCAGCAGGGGCACCGCAUUUACCCAGCCGAAACCUUUUCCCCAAGGAAAGCCUCAUGGACCUGUAUGUGUACAUCUCCCAGGAUGAGGUCUUCUCUGACUUCAACGACACACAGUCCCUGUUCUGGUUCCAUAGAGACCUGGUCUACGGAGACUGGAACACUGGAGACGAGGGGGAUGGCUGCUAUGAGCAAUCACUGGACCUGGACAUCCAAGAGAAGGUGCAAAUGAAUGGUUCCCUCUACAUCCACGUGUAUUUCACAAAGACCGGAUUCCACCCAGACCCCAAACGCAAGAGCCAGUAUCGUCGGCUAGCAACAGUCCAUGCCACGCGAAUGCUGAACAAGUUCAAACGCAGGAAGUUCGUGAAGACUAAGAACCUGCUGACGGGGGAGACCGAGACCGACCCGGAGAUGAUCAAGCGAGCGGAGAGCCACGGCCCAGUGGAGAUCAUCUCCCACUGGCACCCCAACCUCACCAUCAACAUGGUGGACGACCAUACAGCCUGGGUCAAGGGCUCGGUCCCCCCUCCACUGGACCAACAUGUGAAGUUUGACGCGGUGAGCGGUGACUACUAUCCUAUCGUCUACUUCAACGACUACUGGAACCUGCAGAAAGACUACUACCCCAUCAAUGAGAGCCUGCAGUCGCUGCCUCUGCGCCUGUCCUACUGCCCACUGUCCCUGUGGCGCUGGCAGCUCUACGCUGCCCAGAACGCCCGCUCACCAUGGAACUUCCUGCCAGAGGACACCUACGAGCAGUCUGACGAGGACCAGGACUCUGUCAAGGUGGCCCUGCUGGAAACCAAUCCGUACCUCCUGGGCGUGACCAUCGUGGUCUCCAUCGUACACAGCAUCUUCGAGUUCCUGGCAUUUAAGAAUGACAUCCAGUUCUGGAACAGCAGGCAGUCUAUGGAGGGUCUCUCUGUGCGCUCCAUCAUCUUUGGGGUGUUCCAGUCCCUGGUGGUGCUGCUCUACAUCCUGGACAAUGAGACCAACUUCGUGGUGCAGGUCAGCGUGUUCAUCGGCCUGCUCAUCGACUUCUGGAAGAUCACCAAGGUCAUGGACGUCAAGUUGGACAGAGAGAACAAAUUGUUCGGGAUCCUCCCACGCUUAUCAAUAAAAGACAAGUCAACGUACGUGCAGUCCUCCACCAAAGUCUUCGACGACAUGGCCUUCAAAUACCUGUCAUGGCUGCUCUACCCUCUGUUUGGAUGCUAUGCCGUCUACAGUGUGUUGUACCAAGAGCACAAAGGCUGGUACUCAUUCGUACUGGGCAUGCUCUAUGGCUUCUUGUUAACCUUUGGUUUCAUCACGAUGACGCCCCAGCUGUUCAUCAACUAUAAGAUGAAGUCUGUGGCCCACCUCCCAUGGAGGAUGCUCACCUACAAGGCACUGAACACCUUCAUCGACGACCUGUUCGCCUUUGUCAUCAAGAUGCCCAUGAUGUACAGGAUAGGAUGUCUCAGAGACGACGUAGUAUUCUUUGUCUACCUGUACCAGCGCUGGAUCUACAGGGUGGAUCCCAACCGGAUGAACGAAUUUGGCACCAGCGGAGCGGAACCCACUGGAGUGGAUCCUAACAAGGACAGCACAGCGCAGGGGGAGGUCGCAGCCACUGGGGAGGUCGCAGCCACUGGGGAGGUCGCAGCCAUAACAGAAAAAGCAAAGGAUGAGAAGAAGAACGAUUAACCACGACCAACUUAUCCGCCUUUCUCGCCCUCGCUCCUGGGGUGAAGAGGACCUGUGGAAACCAGGCAGAGUGAAAUGUCAUUUGCCAGAGAAAAGAAGUCAUUGUAUUCUGUCAUGGACACCGCUACAAAUUUCAGUCUAACUCUCCCUCUUUGUGUGGGGGGAUCUGCAGCGAAUUGUAAUUAAUGUGGACUUCCUAUUUUUUUUUUUAGUUCAAGUGAAGUAAAACAAAUGUGAUGUACUGUAUUCUUUAUAUUUUGGGUAACAGUAAUGAUUUGGAGGCCAGGUUGUGAAUGUUGGAGGCCCAGUUGAGGGUGGAUAGUUGCAGUACAUAUCUCAGAAUUUUCAGAUCUUUGCGCCAUCUGUGGAUUUCUUGUGAUUUCUUUAAAAAAAAAAUCAUUCCAUGUGUGAACGCAAUGUGUCAUGGUGGGGAAAUUGGUGAGUUGUGCUGGAGGAAUCUGGAAGGGUCCAGAACCAAGUGUGACAUGAAGGGAACCAGGAUGCACAACCUGUCCAACACUACCCGCGAAAGCCAGUCUACCCUCCAUUUUAAACAAAUGGUCGAUGUUCCGAACUUGAACAACAACAAGAAACAGCCUUGUAGGUAUUAAUAGAAAUAUAUUAAUUAUGAUGGCUUGAUUUCUGUUUUUCAGUCACUUGAAUUUAUUUUGAAUGUUCUGAAACGACAGAAUCUCGGGUUGUAAUGUUAAUAAUACUGAUGUCAAAGUGUCUAGUAAUAGCAGAUUUAACUAUU